AUGGCCAUGGACCCAGAUGCGGCAGAUGCGGUACUUGAACCAAUGAAGUGGGAAGUGGCCUUCAGCCCAUUCGAUGUUCCACCUCCCAAAGACAGACUUCAUGCUUACAAGUGGCAGUUGGCCACGGACAAACAAGCGAAGAAGCUUGAGGUGCUUUGGCGGAAGGCAGUCCCGGCAGCCAGCCUCUCUGCAGAUCGGAGUGCAAGUGACCGCGACCUGAACUUGAACUUCUUCUUGUCCGUUGGACACGGGCGCUACAGCACCAUGUCCUACAAGAUCUACAGUGCUCAGCUAGUCAAUGGAGUGGAGAUCAUGAUGUUCAAGCACAUGGUCGUAGAAGAGUUCCUGAUCGCCAAGCCGGUGAGGGAGCUGGUGGUCUGCACCUCUUUCGAUCCCUGCGACGAAUGGAUGGUCAACGCUAUGCGCAAUGGCCGGUCAGUCGAGCUUUGGUUGACCGAGACGCUCACAAUGAAGGAACCCCAGCUGGCGGCAGAGGAUGAUCAGUUCAGACAGACCACCCACAGGAGCAUCGCGGUGAACUGCAACUUGGAGCUCCGAGUUGUCCUGGACCAUGGGCUGGCAUUAGCGAGACAGUUCGGCACCGAACAUGAAGUCGCCGGGUACCAGUUCUUUUUUCAGGGACACUUCCGAAUGUCUCUAUCACUACUGUGUCCUGUUAUGUCACGGACUUUGAAGACUUGGUGGAUGCAGCAGUCUGGGCCCAUGGGGUCAAAUCCCUCAGAUGACAAUGAUGAUGGUGAAGGGGUGGUUUCUUCGCCUCUUGGCAGCGGCAGCUCCAGCGUGACUGACGUCAACAUUGGCGAGGGUGGGGAAUCAGAGACUCAUGACUCUGAUCAGCUUGAUCACCCUGAUGAUGACGGUGGCGAAGGUAUGACCGGUUGUGCCUAG